AUGCAUCAGACGUCUUCGAGGCUACUGCGGAUGACGGAUGAUGAUAGGCCGUUCACGAAAGACUUCAAGGACCUCUUCGCGACGCUCAUCGUCAGCCUGUUACCGCUCUCGGCCCACCGCGUAAGGUUAACAAAGGUCGAGCACACCUUCCUCUCCGAAGAUGCCAUCAACAACCUGGGCUCGUUGAAAUUCUCCCAGUCGAACCGCAUGCCCGACCCGAAAGACCCCUCCCGUAUCGUCACAACCACAACGACAACCACCUUCUCAAUGGCCAAGGACAUGGCUCGCUCCAUAUGUCAGCGCUUCCUCGAGGCCCGCCUGAUUGAAUCCGCCGAUGGCAAGCUGCAGCAGGUCUACACUAUGAAGGGAUCGGUCUGGCAGCUGACGCCCAAGGGGAUCGCCAUCCUGGACCAAUUCUGUUCCAAGAACGGUAUCCAGCAGAAGCAGGUGGCCGAGCUGAUCGGCCCCGCGCUCACGCAGCUGGUAUCCCUGGAGAGGGAAAGCUCGACGGACAAGCUACAGACGGACCGGGCGACCAUGGAGGUCGUGUUUAGGAGAUUUACCGGCCUGAAGGGUCUGAACAUCAAGAGCAACGUGAACGCCGCCGACUCGGAGUCGUUGUCCGACUAUAGUGACGGUCUGACCGGCGUUAAGAUGGCUGCUGAGCGCAAAAUAGGAGGCAAGACCUACAAGGAGACAUUCACAGGCAAGGCCGCGACGGACUGGCUGAUGGACUGCUCUACCACGGUCGACCGGCGAGAGACGGUAGAGAUCGCAAGCUACUUUGUCGAGUUCGGGCUCAUGGAGUGCGUCCAGCAGGACCGGGCCUACACGGCGCAGUACCCUGGCAGCCAGCUCUUCCAACCGACCAAGCACUCCAUUUACCAAAUCACGCCCAACGGCAAGGAUCUCAUCAAUGGCAUGAACUCGCGAGGGCGGACGUCAGAUGCAGAGUCGACCCCUCGCGAUCACAAGCCGAACGAGAAGCUGCCCCGUGACUCAAACACGCAGCGGCUGGAGAAGAUCCUCAGCGACCCGGCACUGCGCCUGCUCUUCCGCGAGAACCUGCGGGAGACGCACUGCGAGGAGAAUCUGUCCUUCUACCUCGACGUAGACGAAUUUGUGAAGCAGUGCAAGUUGGCAAUCCGGAACGCGCAAAAGAACCCCUCCACGACGUCGAUGGACGGCAUCAAGGAGAUCAUGGCACAGGCAUAUGGCAUUUACAACGCGUUCCUCGCCCCGGGCUCACCCUGUGAGCUCAACAUCGACCACCAGCUCCGCAGCAACCUUGCUACUCGUAUGACCAAGGCGGUGGGGCAAGAUGUGGCUAUGAUCGACACCCUGCACGAGGUGACGGCCCUCUUCGAGGAUGCUCAGAAUGCUGUGUUCAAGCUCAUGGCCAGCGACUCGGUCCCCAAGUUCCUUCGUACCUCGAAAUACGAGUCGGUCCUCAAGAACUACGACUUUGAUUCGGUAUCAUAUCCUGUUGGAAAGGGCCUCGAUCGGAGUCAGAGUCGGUCGAACCGCAAGUAG